AAAAGAGGGAGAUAAUAAAGGUUGGAAUUUUCCCUUUCAAUCGAAUGAGUGCAGAGUGAAUUAUUAUUCCAUAAAUAUUCGGUGGCAUCAGUUGAAUUAUUGUCUUCAAUAUUUCUGACUUGCUCAAGGUCAUGUGAGCAUGGACAUGACUUCUGGAUGUCACUCUUUAUCGUUUCGGAAUAAUCAACGAUAUUUAGUCUAGUUUGGCACUGAUAACGUGGAUUUUCGCCUGUUGUUCUUUUGCACUUUCACUCGCUGUUUUUUUUUACUUUUUGUUUACAUUUUUUAUGAGGCUCUUAUUAUUUUGGAAGGGAUUUUAUUGAUGGAAAACAGUGCAGUAUGGUCGGGAUGAAGACUCUGUUGAUUUUGGAGAUUUAUCUGCUUGUGAGCUGUGCAACAAGUGAUGGAAUUGGAGAUGAAAGUCCUGGGACUGAUGAAUCUGGGACUGGAGAACUGGGAAAGACAGUGAAAUUAUUAGGAGAUGCUGGGGUAAAACAGAGUUUCAACCCAACGGAGAGGAGCGAAUCAUUAAAGACAGUAGCUGAUGGUGUUAAAAUCUGGCAAGACGAAUUGAUAACGAGUGUAAAUGGAAAAUUACCAGUGGAACGAGACGCCGCACCAUCUGUUCGCCCUCGAAAAGGAGUCAGUUCUAUUUCAGCGAGAAAAGGGGUGGAAGAUUCUGAAGAUUCUCAUAACAAGACUGCAAGCUCAACGACAGAGAAAACUCCCUACAACAUCGACUUGUUGAAUUCGUUAGAUACGAAUAACACAAAAAUGACAACAGAGAAAAUAAAAGUAAACAAAAAAUUCAAGUCGAAGCCAACGGUUACGAUAGCUGGAGCUAGUGAUGGAGAAGUUGUUAAACCAAGUCUGGGAGUUCCCACAAAAACUCCACCACUUGGAAUGUCAUCGAAGAUAAAUUACGUAGUGCCUGUUGUAAUAACAAUACUAGUGUUACCACUGUUUAUUCUAUUUGUGAUAUUUUUGUACAGAAAUGGAAGAGAGUGUUGGGAGAAAAGGCACUACAGAAGAAUGGACUUUCUCAUUGAUGGAAUGUAUAAUGAAUGAAUUAAUAAUUAUAUAAUUAUUAUCAUUUAUUAUGUGCGUUGUGUGUUAGACAUUCUCUUCAUUAUGUCGUCAAUUACUAUUUUCAAAUAUUUUAUAACAGAUUUUGAAUCUCGUGGGUGUUAACGAGAUAGAAUUUAUCAUGACAAUUGAGGAAUUUGUAAUGGAGUCAGUAGUAAAGUUGUAAGGGGAGAUUUUGUUCUGAAGAAUUUGCAAAAUACUGUCAAUGACCCAGUUGCUGGCAUCCGUGUCUAUUUUUCUGCCAAAUGCAUAACUUAUGUUAUUAGUUAUUUUUAGAUGAAUAUUUACUUAACGUUAUUUUUUUACGUGGAUAUCAAAACAAAUAUCAGGAAUAUUGAAUGACUAGAAAUAUUUUUAAUCAAUUUUUAUGAAUAAAUUUGGGUGCCAGCUGUUGGGCCCUUAAAGGUGCCGAUGGCCC